AGAAGAAACAUGAGCAAUCCUGCAAAAAUGAGAAGACUCCAUAGUCCGUCUGAACAGCAAAGUCUGGAGAGAUCAAAUGAUUGUGAAGUUGAAAAUCAAGGCGAUUUGGAGAACAAGAAAUCUAGUAGCAACGUACAGAGGAAAUCAUAUCAAGAGAAGAAUGAGGGUUCUGAAGAAAACACCACAUCAGAUAUCUCUGCUGCUAAUCCCGCUGGGCAGAAUUCUCAUGUAUUGCCAAGGAAGAAACCAGGCAGUGCUGGCUACAACACAAGGAAUGACGGUGUUAAGAAGAGAUGUAUCAUCACCCGACAAGUGAAAUCAUAUCAGAACCUAAAUGUGGCUACUCAAAUAGUAACAGAAGAGACAACACCUGGGCAGGAGAACUCAAAGACAGAUGAUGAGGCAAGCCACUCUUCCAAAAAUCAAGGGCAGAAGAAUAAAAGGACAUCAACCCAAAUAAAACAUCAUGCUCUUGGAAAAAUAGAUCAAUUACCUGGUUCAUCUGCACUGGAAAAAAAGGACAAAGGAGUGAAGAAGUGUGAGAGUGAGGACAAUGGCAGCAGAGACAAUGAAGAUCAUGAAGAGCCCACAGAAGAAAUCAGUGUUGUACAAACCCCUAAGGAUGCUGAGGUCUGUGAUUCAGAAAUUCCAGUGGAGCUGAAUGAAACACAGCAGGAUCAGAGAGCAUUGGUCAUUAGAGGCAGAAAUAUUAACAAUGACUUAUCUUUCAGUGAGGAACAACAUCAUCAUCAGACUAUUUUAUCAUUUCAUAUAACAGUGGAUUGGACUGCUCUGGAAGGUUUUUAUUUUACCAUUCAGGAACAAUCAGGAAGUAUAUUGCAUUUGCCUUCUGACACCACCCUUGCGAUGAUUAGGUGGCACCUUUCCACUCGAACACUUCAAGAAGAAAUGAUGCUAAUGCAGUCACGUAUUAACAUCAUCACCGAUGUUCAAACAUCCAAUCAUGGAGUUCCUCGGGGAGUCAUAAUUACUAUUGGGGUGCACCAUUUUUAUAUGAGACUCACUAACCAGCUUCAAGAAGGCCUUUUCUAUCAUUUUCUUCAAAUCUUCUCACGAGGACAACAUGCAUCUUUUUCUACAAGGACCUUUGAAAAUACCAGAUCCCUCAGCACUUGUACAGUGUGUCUUGCAGCAUACAUACGAGGAGAUUUAAUUCGCAGUCUUCCAUGCUACCAUGAAUUUCAUGCAAACUGCAUUGAUCGCUGGCUUCACAGAAAUUCAACAUGUCCAGUUUGCCGCAGGACAGUGUUCCGAUCACUGCAGUACUAG